GAAGCCUCCCAAUACCGACACUUCCAUUUCCUCUUUGCAAUAUCGCUUCUUGCGACCGAGGAGAAAUAAAAGAUCCAACCUCAUACCGGGCGAAUAUCCUCAGAGCGAUCAACUUUCCCUGAGUGAAAGCUUAGUAUAGCAAAGGAUAUUGUUAUAUUUGCACGUUAGACCCCAGCAAAAGACCGCAAGCUUGCGGAUACCAAACGGCCUCUCUCAAUCUCAAUCGCAGAGAUCCAUGCCCCCCAUCAUCAAUAACGAUUCCGUCUUAUUCAUUUACUCAGGGCCCUCGGGGCUUGAGCCUUGAGGGGGGAGCUGGGAGCUUGUCCGACCACCCUUACCCCACACUCGAUGGGGGCGCGCUGUCACCCUGUCACAAGAGAAACCCACAUUCUUCUGGAAGCUCGCGUCCAACCGGAGUCUCAACAGCCAGCAGGGGUCUCGCUCGUUUCCUCGGUGAAAGAGAGGGGAGCCACGGCGGUAGGGGAGGGGAGGGGAUGGUUGGAGAUUGAAAGGGGGGCGGCUGCAGCAGUUCUUCGUUAUAGCGUUAUAUGUGGCGUUGCCUAUGAUAAGAU